AUGAGAAGGGGCACCCCUUGUGACUCGGGGAUUAUCCGGGUGCCUACAAUCACUUUGCAUUGUUCUGCGGCGCUGAGCCGUUCGACAAAUACCGCAGGCCAUUUGUAUGUUGAGUCGAGUUUAGUUACCGAGUGGCGGAAUUUGAAAGAUAUUAAAGAUUAUGAGCCACCGACACUGGGUAUCCCAGAACUCAACGUCAAGCCGAAACAAGACGCUAGUGAAAAGCCUCACAAAUGCCAAGUGUGCGGCAAAGCCUUCAGCCAAAGUUCGAACCUCAUCACGCACUCCCGCAAGCACACUGGCUUCAAGCCGUUCGCCUGCGAUUUAUGCGGUCGCGCCUUCCAAAGAAAAGUCGAUUUGAGAAGGCACAAGGAGACACAACACACGGAACUGAGGCCCAUGGUUCCGGAGACACAUCGGGCCACAAUUUGUGAAAACGUUUAG